CUUUUUUAUUAGAUUUCAUAUUGUUAAUUAAAGUUCUGGCAAGCAUUCACCUAUAUAGUUUAUGAUGUUCAACAACCAAAUAUACUGGCAAACUUUUGCUUGGAUGUUUCAAUUAUGGUUUUUGUUAGAUUCAAGUGUCUUUGCCACUGAUUUAAAGACUAACUGUGGCAGUAAUACUACUUUUAUUAACUUGUCUGGAAAAAUUCGCUUUCCAUCAAUUGGAAACAAGUAUUCAAAUAGUGUUGAAUGCAGAUGGGAGGUUGAUGUUGCUCCUAACAUACUAAGAGUUGAAAUUAAUUAUGUAGAUAUGGAAGAUAAUGACAAAUGUAAAUAUGGCUAUAUUGCUUUUUUUGAUGAACCUACUUACCAAAAUGAAAUCAGUCGAUAUUGUUCAAAUAAACAUGUUGUUCUGUUUGCUAAAUCUGGUAUACUGUAUAUAAAAGUAGUUACUGAUAAUAAUAGUGUUGCAUCUGGUUUUACACUAACUUGGAACAGUUCAACAGCAGUAAAUUCACAAGUACUUGUUUCUCCAAAAAUCAAAAAUGAAGCUUACUUAUCUUCAAGUUCUUAUUAUGAUAUCAAUUUAAAUCAAAAUUUAAUAUUUAAAUGUGAAGCUAGUGGCACACCAUCUCCUUUUGUUUAUUGGAGUUAUUAUCAGAAAUUAUCUGAAAAGUGCAUAUUCAUUGAAAAUGGAUUAAAUUCAUCUUAUUUAAAAAUUAUCGGUUGUAAAAGACCUCUCAGUAAAAUAUUUACAUGCCAUGCAACAAGUAUAGCUGGAACAGAUGAAAAAUAUGGUCAUAUUAAAAUCUUUGACUUACAGGCUAACUGUGGCAAUGAUACUUAUUUUACCAACUUGUCUGGAAAAAUUCACUUUCCGUUAAUUGAAAAUGAGUAUUCAAAUGAUGUUGAAUGCAGAUGGGUGAUUGAUGUAGCUCCUAAAAUUCUUAGAGUUGAAAUCAAUGAUUUAGAUAUGGGAAAUGAUGGCAAAGAUUGCUAUGACUAUGUUGCUUUUUAUGAUGAUCCUACUUACCAAAACAAAAUUGAAUCUUUGUGUAAAGUUAAACAUAUAGUAAAAAUCUAUAAAUCUGGUAUACUGUAUAUUAAAGUAUCUACCAAUAGUGGUAAAGUUUCACCAGGUUUUAUUGUAACAUGGAACAGUACAGAAAAUUCACAAGUUCUUGUUUCUCCAAAAAUCAAACAUGAAACUUAUUUUUCUGGACUACCUUUUUAUGUUGAAAAAUCAAAUGCAACAAUUAAUUGUAAAGCCACUGGUACACCAGCUCCUUUAGUUUAUUGGACUUUUUUUGGGAAGUUAUCUGAAAAUUGUAUAUUGCCUCAAAAGGGAUUGAGUUCAUCUGAUUUAAAAAUUAUUAAUUGUAAAAGUUCUUUCAGUAAAAAAUUUGCAUGCAUUGCAACAAGUAUAGCUGGAAGGCAAAUAAAAGUUGUAGAACUUAAAAUUUCUGAUUUGCAUGCUAACUGUGGAAAUGUUUCUCGUUUUACCAGCUUCUCUGGAAAAAUUCGCUUUCCAUUAAUAGGAAAUGAGUAUUCAAAUGAUGUUGAAUGCACAUGGGUGAUUGAUGUUGCUCCUAAUAUACUAAGAGUUGAAUUAAAUGAUGUAGAUAUGGAAUUUGACAAGCAUAUAUGUCACGACUCUGUUUCUUUGUAUGAUGAUCCUACUUACCAAAAAAAAAUCAGUUUUUAUUGCACAAUCAAACAAGUGGUAAUUUUCCAUAAAUCUGGUAUAUUGUAUAUUAAAGUAAUCACUAAUCGUGUUAAUGUUUCAACAGGUUUUAUUCUUACCUGGAACAGUACAACAGCAGUUAAUUCACAAGUUUUUGUUUCUCCAAAAAUUAAAAGUGAAGCUUAUUUUUCCGAAGGAUCUUUUUUUGCUGAAAAAUCAAAUGCAACAAUUAAUUGUGAAGCCACUGGUACACCAGCUCCUUUUGUUUAUUGGAGUUAUUCUAGGAUGUUAUCUGAAAACUGUAUAUUCAUUCAAAAUGGGUUGAAUUCAUCGUAUUUAAAAAUUAUUAGUUGUAAAAGUUCUUUUAGUAAAAUAUUUACAUGCCAUGCGAAGAGUAUUGCUGGAAAUGAUAAAAACAGUGUGCUUGUUAAAAUAUUUGAUGUAAAUGCCAACUGUGGCAAUUAUUCUAGUUUUACUGAUUUGUCUGGAAAAAUUCGCUUCCCUUCAAUUGGAAAUAAGUAUUCAGAUAAUGUUGAAUGCAGAUGGAUGAUCAAUGUUGCUCCUAACAUACUUAGAGUUGAUAUCAAUGAUAUAGAUUUGAGAAGUUAUAAAUAUUGCUAUGACUACCUUAUUUUUUAUGAUGAUCGUUUUUAUGAAAAUGAAAUCAGUUUUUAUUGCAAAAAUAAACAUAUUGUCUUAUAUCGUAAAUCUGGUAUAUUGUAUAUUAGAGUAGUAACCGGUAGAGAUGGUGUUGGAAAAGGUUUUAUUCUAACUUGGAACAGUACAAAAACAGAAAAUUCUCAAGUUUUUGUCUCUCCAAAAAUCAAAAAUGAAACUUAUUUUUCUGAAAAACCUUAUUAUUAUGAAAAAUCAAAUGCAACAUUUAAAUGUGAAGCUAGUGGUACACCAGCUCCAUUUGUUUAUUGGGAUUAUUCGAGAAAGCUUGAGGAAAACUGUAUAUUAAUUGAAAAAGGAUUUAAUUUAUCUUAUUUAAAAAUUAUCGAUUGUCAAGGUUUUUAUGCAAUAAAAUUUUCAUGUCAUGCAACAAGUAUAGCUGGAACAGAUGAAAAAGUGGCACAUAUUAAUUUGUCAGAUUUAAAGACUAACUGUGGCAGUGGUACUAAUUUUACCAACUUGUCUGGUAAAAUUCAAUUUCCUUUAAUUGGAGAUAAGUAUUCACCUAAUCUUGAGUGCAAGUGGGUAAUUGAUGUUGCUCCUAACAUACUUAGUGUUAUAUUAAAUGAUGUAGAUAUGGAAUAUAGUGACACAUGUGGAUAUGACUAUGUUGUUUUUUUUUAUGACUCUACUUACCAAAAUGAAAUCUGUCGGUAUUGUUCAAAUAAACAUGUUAUGUUGUUCUUUAAGUCUAGUAUACUGUAUAUAAAAGUUGUUACUAAUUUAUUCGAUCAUCAAUCUGGUUUUACUUUAACUUGGAACAGCACAACAGCAAUAAAUUCACAAGUUCUUGUCUCACCAAAAAUCAAAAAUGAAAUUUAUUUUUCUGGAUUGUCUUAUCAUGCAACCUACUCAAAUGUAACAUUUAAAUGUGAAGCUAGUGGUACACCAGCUCCUUUUGUUUAUUGGGAUUAUCGUGGAAAGUUAUCUGAAAACUGUAUAUUCAUUGAAAACGGAUUUAGUUCAUCCUAUUUGAAAAUUAUUAGUUGCCAAGACUCUUUAAGUAAAAUGUUUUCAUGUUAUGCUAAAAGUAUAGCUGGAACAGAUGAAAAAGUAGCAGAUAUUAAAUUGUCAGAUUCUCCAUUUGCUCCUUUAGUUUUCUUACUUCCAUGGACAAGAUCAUCAUUAAUUUUGAAAUGGCCUUUAAUUCCACCUAGUAAAUAUGGAGAAAAAGUUACUAGGUAUAUUAUAAAAUAUUACCUAACAAAACUAGGAACAUCUAAUAAAACUCAAAUUGAAAUCCUUUCUAAUUUUACCUCUGAUAUAUAUAUGCAGUACAAUUUGAAUGGACUAACUUUUGAAGAAUAUACUGUUCAAGUUUAUGGUAUGAACAUUUAUGGAUCAGGCCAACCAUAUUUACAAGUAUUUAAUCCAUCUUAUGUUGAUUACAUUAACCAAAGAAAAGAAUUUUCUCUACCUUCAAGUUUUUUUAUUGAAACAUUGAAUGUUUUAAAUAACAUAUACACUUUAUCUUUCAAUGUAAAACCCAUUCGCUUCCCUAAAGGUUGUAAAAAUAUUGUACAACUAUCUUUUGAAAAUACUUUUGAAAGUUGUUCACAUGGUUAUCUAAGUAUUGGGUUCCACAAUGAUGGAUCUGGAAAGUUAAUUAUAAGUUCUUCAGAAAAUGCUGUUAAUGACAUUGUAUCAGACCCACUUCCAAUGGGUCAAUGGUCAAAUAUUAAAAUAUAUCAGAGUGAGCUGAUUACAGGUCUUCUGUUUGCUGUUGAUUUAAAUGGUGCAAAUAUUUAUAGGAAGCAUUUUUAUACAAUUUAUCAAGAAAAACAUUGGAAAAAUGUUAAAGUGUAUGGUAUUUAUUUUUGGGAUACUGAACAAGAUGGUUUUAUUUCUGACCUUCUUAUUAUCAAUCAAAAAGUUGAUUACUUUGUUGACAAUCAUAAUAUUUCGUUGGCACAUGGAAACAUUGUUGCACAAAUACCACUACUUGAUAAAGAAUUUUUAAUUUCUUUUAAUGUUUUUCCUCAAUAUUUUGAUAAUACUUUUGGUAAUAUAAUUUACUUUAAUAAAAUUGGAUAUAAAGAAUUAAACAACAAUGGAAUUUUAAAGAUUGAUUUUAGUAAUAAUGGAAGACUUUUUAUUGAUUUUAAAGAUGUUGGAAUAUAUAGUACAAAACCAAUUGAACUAAAUAUGUGGUGCAAAGUUGAAAUUAUUCAAACAUUAAAAAGUACAAAAUAUGUUUACAUUAUCAAAGUUAAUGAAGAAAUUGUUUUUUAUAAAAUUAAUGACAAUGCUCAGAGUUUUUUGAACAUCAAAGUAUAUGCCUCUAGCUUUUGUGACUUUUCUCAUAAAGGCUUGAUACAAAAUUUUUUCAUCAACAGUAACCAAGAUAUUGAACAUAAUGUUUUGGUUCCUGCAGAUUAUAUUAAUUAUAAAAAAGUAUUUACGCCAACUCAAGGUUCAAUUAUUGGUUCAAUAAAACAUUUGGAUAACCAGUUCACUGUUUCUUUUAAUUUAAAACGGUUAAUUAGCUCUGAGGCUUCUAAAAAUGUUCUUAAUAAUGUAUUCUAUUUAACCUCUGGCAAUAAUGAUUUUGACGAAAAAGACAACAGAGUUCUAAAUGUAUGUUUUUGGAAUGAUGGCUCUGAUAAAUUAAAUAUUUAUUUUGCAGUAAAUGCUGUUAAUGAUUUUAAAGUUGAAACUGAUCAACUUAUUAUAGGUCAAUGGUACAAUAUUAAAAUUUCUCAAAGAAAGCAGAAGGGUUUGUUGUUUUUAGCUGUUGAUCUCAAUGGAAACAAUAUAAAAAAUGUAACAAGUAUUGAUUUAAAAUUAUCAUUCAAUAAUAUAAAAGUGUAUGCUUCUAAUUCUUGGGAUAUGCCAAUAAAUAGUUUAAUUUCUGAUCUUCUGAUUGUUAAUGGAAAUGCUGAGUAUGUUGUUGGUAAUAUUAUAACGCCAUUAGUAAAAGGAAAGUUGAUUGCUCAUAUUCCAAAAUUAUAUAAUGAAUAUUUUGUUUCAUUUGAUGUUUACCCUAAAAAUUUUGAUGCUAUGCAAAAUGUUAUUGAUUUUACUAUUGGCACUUAUUCUCAAAAAAACAAUAAUAGUAUUCUUGGGAUAUGGUUUCAUGAAAACAAUGAAAAAAAAGGACUUCUCAGCAUUUCUUCUGAUAAUUUUAAACUUGGCCAAGAUUCAUGUAUUCAUUCAAGUCCAAUAGGUCAAAAUAUUUGGUCAAACAUUGAGGUACGUCAAACAAACAUAGGUGCUAAUUAUGUAUACACAAUCAGAUUAAAUGGGGUUAAUGUCUUUUCUAAAAAUAUCAGUCAAGCCAAAAUUUUUGAUAAUGUAAAUGUUUAUGCAUCAAAUACAUGGAAUGAAAACGCAAAUGGCUCAGUAAAAAACUUUUUCAUUGUCAAUGGCAACAGCAAAGAAGAAGUGGAAAAAAUUAAAAUUCUUUCAAAUGUAUGUGAUUUAUGUUUCAAGAAUAACUGUGAGAAUGAUACAAAUGGUUUUCUUUACUGUGAAUGUCCAAUUGGUUAUGUUGGUGAUGGAUACUCAUGUAUACCAUACUGUUUUGGUUCAUGUAAAGCAAAUCAGCAGUGUGUUGUAAAAAACAAUGAACCAUUAUGUGAGUGUGUUAAGGAUUCUUGUUCUGCAUCUUUACAAACUUAUAAACUUAUCACAAUUCUGGUUUCUGUGUUGGUUGUUUUGAUUAUAACUGUUACUAUGGUUGUUGUUGUUGUUACAAGAAAUCAUAGAAGAAAAGAAAUCUGGAAUAAAGAUGUUUACAUUUAUCGUAAUUAUGCAGAUUACUUCAAAUCAGCACCAGAUGAUUGGGAAAUUUCUCCUGAAAGUUUUGUUUUUGAUAAGAAAAUUGGAGAGGGCGCCUUUGGAAAUGUCUUUAUAGCAAAAAUCAAUGCAAAAGCUCUUUCUAAAACAAUGUUUGCUAAACAAUCAGAAUUUGUUUCACAUGAUGAAAACAAUCAAUCAAAUGUUGCUGUAAAACUUUUAAAAGAUGGCGCAAAUUGUUCAGAAUUUGAAGAUUUUCGUGAAGAAAUUGAUCUAAUGAAAGGAAUUGGAUAUCAUAAAUAUAUUGUCAAUAUGAUCGGUUGUUCUAGAAUCAAAAGCCCAAUGUGUUUAAUUCUUGAGUAUAUGGAAAAUGGAGAUUUGUUGCAUUUCUUAAAGAAUAGACGCACCAAAGUGGGCAUAUGGAGUUGUUUUGUUUGAAAUUGUUACGCUAGGAGGAUCGCCUUAUCCUACAAUAAGUAAUCGUGAAUUGCUAAAACUUCUCAAGUCUGGUUACAGGAUGGAUCGACCAGAAAAUUGUUCUCAAGCAAUGUAUGAUAUUAUGGUACAGUGUUGGAGUGAUGAUCCUUUACUCCGACCAUCUUUUACCGUAUUACGCAAGCUUUUUGAGAAAAUAGUUUCUCAAGGUGACAGUUAUUUGAGUUUUGAUAUCAACGAAGAACAUAGUUAUUACAAGGUACCCUCAUUCCAUAGCAUAUCGUCUGAUACAAGUGAUAUUUUGGAAGGGGAAUUUUUUAAAGCGUCUAUUCUAGAAACAUCGGUCUAAGAAACAUCGGUCUGAGAAAAUAUAGUAAUUAUUACAGAAGAUAUAUAUAUAUAUAUAUAUAUAUAUAUAUAUAUAUAUAUAUAUAUAUAUAUAUAUAUAUAUAUAUAUAUAUCUGUGUGUGUGUGUGUGUGUAAGUGUAAGUGUAAGUGUGUAUAAAUACAUACAUACAUAUAUAUAGGGCUGUCCUGAAGAGGUCUCUAAUGGGGGGUGUUGUAUGUGUAUUUUGCCAACUAAGGACACUAAAAAAACAAAAAAAAGGUCCUCGAUAUUUGACAUUGGCCAACUAUGCUUCAAAACUUGCCAACUGAAAUGCUAAAUGUAAUGUGCCAACUCAAAUGCAUAUAUAACAGCUUGGGGGGGGGGGGGGUUGGACAGCCCCUACACCCCCCGUUUGGGACGGCCCUGCAUAUAUAUAUAUAUAUAUAUAUAUAUAUAUAUAUAUAUAUAUAUAUAUAUAUAUAUAUAUAUAUAUAUAUAUAUAUAUAUA